AUGCACCUCGCUUACAUUUUCGCUGUGAUGGCUGUAGGUACGCUCCACCACAGUAUCGAUGGCCUCCUUGUUGUAAUUGGGAAAGGAAAUAGUACUGAAAACGGGGCUCUAUCUGAUCCAUUCACUUUAAUUCAUACAGACGUCCAGCGCUCGUUGCGUCGAGCUGAAAAUGACCGAGGUGACAUUGAGGAAGAGCAAAUUGUAAGCUGGCCUGAAGUACUGAAGAAGGUGACUGCCGCUAGAUCUGCGAAAAUGAAGGUUCGGAAGGUUACAGAAAAAUUUGAAGACCCCGUCUCGAAGAAGCUGGUUGAACAUUUGAGGGUUUAUCGAGAUAAAGGUAGCUAA